AGUCGGGCGGCUGAGUCGUGUUGUGAGUGUUAGUAAGCGAGUGAAGUGACGUGAAGAUGGAGACCGACACCGCCUCUACCCCAGAAGAAGAAAGAUGGGGCUUUGACUUGUAUCCAGAGCGACGGGGAGCGAAAUACCAGCCAUCCUUUACCAAGAUUGCCCUUCUGGGAGAAGGCAGGGAGAACAUAGACAAGAUAAAGUGUGAGAAAAAUGUAUGGGGUUGUGUACAAAACAGUCCUUUGGUGAAGUUGAUGAUGUCAGCCCUCAAGUCAUCUGGCUGUGAAGUGGAUCUCACACGACACAUCUCCUGUGAAGUGUGCGAUGUGUCUGUCAGUGGAGGCUAUGAUUCUGAGCUGAACCAAGUUGUGAUCUGUCAGAAUGUGACGAGAUCAGAAGGUAUGACCCAGGGAGUGUUGACCCAUGAGCUGAUACACAUGUUUGAUUACUGCCGCAAUAAACUUGACUUCAAAAACCUGGAGCACUUAGCCUGCACCGAGAUAAGAGCUGCCAACCUGGCCCACUGCUCCUUUCUCUCCGCAUUUUCUCAGGGUGACGCUUCGCCUAUUAAAAUUGCCAAAGCUCACCAGGAAUGUGUAAAAAACAAGGCUGCAUUCUCUGUGAUGGCUGUUCGAAUAAGUGAGGCAGAGGCACGAGAGGUGGUCGACAGAGUGUUUGACAGGUGUUACAAUGAUCUCGAACCCAUCGGAAGACGUAUACGAAGAAAUUCUUUAGACAUGCAUAAAGCAUAUAAGGAGCGCUAUGCUUAUGGAUAUGAUUAGGUUAUGGAUCUUGUAUAUAAUCUUUAAUAUUUCCAGAUGUGUAUAUUGUAACUAAACUAAUGGUUAUAAAUA